AUGGAAGAAAGAGUAUUCUUUGAUGAGAUGAUAGAAGAGUUAGAUGAUACAGAGGAAUUUCAAGGAAUGUAUCAAGAUAAAAUUGAGCAAGAAGCUGUGAAUUCUGAGGAUUUAGGGGAGCAUGAAUUUCAAGAAAUGUUUGAUGGGAACGAUUUUUCACAUGAGGUGGAUGAAUUAUAUCGAAUAGAAGAUAUUGAAAAUAUUUCCAUGGUUAAUUUUCUGAACAUAGGUGCUCAUGAGAUGGAAUGCUUUCAUUUUCCUAAUCUUCAGAUAGCAUUUGAUUUCUAUAACCAUUAUGCGAAAUCUGUUGGUUUUGGUGCUAGAAAAAGUAAGACUUGGAAAAAUAGCAAAGGAGAAUAUGUGAAGCAAUUGUUUGUGUGCUCUCAUGAGGGAUUUAGACCAGAGAAAUAUUAUAAUAUGAAAAACAGAAAAAGGGAGCCAAAAUCUGAGACUCGUUGUGGUUGUCUGGCUAGGUUUGUAGUUCGUUUUGUAGCUUACACUGGAAGAUGGCAUGUGGCUUUGUUUGUUGAAUCGCACAAUCAUGAUUGCCUUGAUCCUAGGUUAGUUGGUUUUCUUCCUACACAUAGAAAAAUGGCAGAAGCUGAUGCUAGUCAAAUGAACAACAUGAAAGAUGCAAGCAUUAGCACACGCCAUAUAUAUGCUAUGUUAGCUAAUCAAGCAGGUGGUUAUGAAAAUGUUAAUUAUACCUUAAGGGAUAUGUAUAAUGAGAUUGCUAGGCGAAGGCGUCAUGUCCUGGGUGAUGCUAGAGCGGCAUUGCGAUACCUCAAAAACCAGAAAGCUGAAGAUACAAGCCUCUAUUAUGAGCACAUAGUUGAUGCUAAAGGGGUAUUGCGAGCUCUAUUUUGGUGUGAUGGAAGAAGCCAAUUAGAUUAUGAAGUAUUUGGAGAUGUGCUUGCCUUUGAUGCGACAUACAAGAAGAACAAGUACUUAUGUCCUGUAGUAGUGUUUUCCGGUGUGAAUCAUCACAACCAAACAGUGGUAUUUGGAAGUGCUCUAGUUACCGAUGAGAGUAAGGAGGUCUACGUGUGGUUAUUACAGCAACUAUUGGCAGCCAUGAAGGGAAAAGCACCUGUAUCUGUGAUUACAGAUGGUGCUCCAUCAAUGAGAUUUGCAAUUGAGACGGUAUUUCCAAAUGCCCAUCAUAGAUUAUGUGCUUGGCACCUCAUUCGGAACGCCACAAGUAAUGUUGGAAACCCAAAAUUUACAUCUAUGUUCAAGAAGUGCAUGCUAGGAGAUUAUGAGAUUAGUGUGUUUGAGCAGAAGUGGUUUGGAAUGGUUGAGGAGUUUGGUGUAGCUGAAAAGAAUUGGAUUAUUGACAUGUACGAUAAAAGGCAUAUAUGGGCCACUGCACAUAUUCGAGGCAAGUUUUUUGUAGGAUUUAGGACAACUUCUCGAUGCGAAGAUAUAAGGAGGUUGAAGCUGACUAUGUUUCCAUAUCUAGUCUUCCGGUACUUAAAACAGCAUUAG